AUGUCCUAUGACCGCUACGUUGCCAUCUGCAAGCCCCUGCACUAUGGGACCCUGCUGGGCAACAGAGCUUGUGCCACCAUGGCAGCAGCUGCCUGGGGCUCUGGGCUUCUCUAUGCCCUGCUGCACACUGCCAAUACAUUUUCCCUGCCUCUGUGCCAAGGCAAUGCUGUGGAUCAGUUCUUCUGUGAAAUCCCCCAGAUCCUCAAGCUCUCCUGCUCAAAAUCCUAUCUCAGCGAAUUUGGGCUUAUUAUGCUUAGUGCCCUUAUAUUCUUUGGGUGUUUUGCUUUCAUUCUUUUCUCCUACGUGCAGAUUUUCAGGGCUGUGCUGAGGAUGCCCUCUGAGCAGGGACGGCACAAAGCCUUCUCCAUGUGCCUCCCUCACCUGGCCGUGGUCUCCCUCUUUGUCAGCACAGCCAUGUUUGCCUAUCUGAAACCCCCCUCCAUCUCUUCUCCAUCCCUGGACCUGCUGGUUUCAUUUCUGUACUCAGUGGUGCCUCCAGCAGUGAAUCCUCUCAUCUACGGCUUGAGGAACCAGGAGCUCAAGGCUGCAGUGAGCAAUACAUACUUCUACAGCAUCCGUAAGAUGCUUGGUUGUCUAACAGGAGUCCCAAGGUAA